AACCACCAUAAGCGUACGACAACCUUUGAAGUUCAAUGCUUUGAUUUUUUAUAAUAUUUUCAACCAAAACGUUUUCGGAUAAAAUAAUCAUUUUAAAAAUAGUGGGUAGAAGCUGUUUAAAAUGAGCGUUUACUACCAACAACACGAUAUUCAUGAUCAUUCAACCUUUAAGGGAAAGGUUCACAGGAAUAUUUUCAGAUGGAAAUACUAUUUACUUACAUGCACAAUGUGCAUCAUUGGAGUGGUACUCAUCGUACUGUAUGCAGACGCACUGUUCACCCCAGAAGAGGAUACAUCCAUACCAAUACUAAUAGUGAAAGAUGGCCAAUUUACUUACCACGGAAAUUCGUCUCGUUUUGCCGACCGCCAUUUAGAUGCAUUCCCGGGACUGAAUUUUUUAACGACAUCCGCAUCGGGUGACCCGAGCACUGUAAUUGCGAUCGAAUUGAAAUGGGUAAAAAUUGGAACCGAAAAUUUUGCACGCGAUUUGCAGCAGUUCACAAAUUUGGAGGCUUUGCAUCUGGAAAAUGUAACUUUUGAUGGCCUGUUGCAACAGUCAACGCUUCCCAAAUUGAAAUAUUUGUUCAUCAGUCUGGGCUCCGAGCCGGAAGACCAAGUUAGUUACGCAAUUUUCGAUGAAGCAACGCCUUGGCUGAGAUCAACUUUGUUUUUUAUGGAGUAUGACAAUGCAACGGCCUUUUAUGAAGUACUAGCCACACAACCGUUAGAUUAUUUAGGUAUAUAUGUUAAGGGAUCCGUAACAUAUUUAAUUGACAAAAAGAAUUUAGAGAUUCGUUCCACUUUGCCGUUGUGUAAAACUCUGUUAGACAAUCUGAACUAUCCAUACACGAAAAUCACUCUUGGGCUUUGCAGUGACUUAACACCGACCACCAUUUCCCCGAAUGUCACCUACUUGAACUUCUACAUCUUAUUCGCCCGCAUGAAUGUCACUUCAGCAGCCAUUCAAAACCUUCCAAAUCUAAGGGAAUUUUACUGUGAAAUUCCAGGUGGUCAUUCGUUGAGUCUAGCUAAUUUCAACAAAAAUAUUGAAAUUUUGUCGGUGAGUUCGAUGUUUCUAAACGUGUCAGACGAUCUCGUCAUGCCAUCCGUCAAACAAUUCCACUUCGGUAGCGAAAAUCAGUACGGCUGGUAUCCAGAUGAUGGUCAGAUGGUGACCGAUCUGAGUGACAAUAUCAUACAAAAUUUUUCCAAAGUGUUUCCAGUCGUUGAAACUGUCGGAAUUUUUGACUUCGAAUUGCCAGAGCGGUAUACUUAUCUGGGAAGUGUUCUGAAUUCAACUGCAACAUUUAUACUUUGCGAAAAAUUUGCUAGGAAUGAUAGUUCCGUACUCACUGGCAUAAGUAGAGAAGUUGAAGAAUUUCUGGUUCAAGUCGGUGUGCCGUUGAAAGAGAAGAAUUUUUUGUUACAGAAGGGAACAAACAAUAAGUUUACCGGACGGAGUCUGACUCGAGACGAACAUUUGAUGUACAGAUAUAGAUUUUUGGGUUGGGAUACGGUUGAUUUGUUUCCGAAAUUUUAUUAUGUCCAAGGUAUAAUUGAGAACGGUGGCAUUUUGGGGCGAACCGUCAUUUAAUUUCGAUGCAAAACUAUGUUAUACUAACUAACACUAACUUCAGUUUUUCAUAAGCCACAGGUUUUUUUUAAUAUAGAAUUAGCAACCUCUUUACUAUAGAUCAAGCAAACGUAUUACGUAUAUCAUUAUCAAGUUUUUUACUCAUGCUAUUCAAGCUUCAAGCGAUGUUCCAGUUUUUGAUACGGAAUCUUUCACUUGAUUAGUUUUAACAUAACCUUUGCUAUAUAACAGAAUAUCAGAUAGGGCAGACCGCUUACUUUUAUAACCGAGUUGUCUAUAACAAAUGACCAUUUACAAGGAUUCGCUUUUUUACGGUGUGAAAAAAAUGGAUCUGUGUAUACUAUUAAUAUGAAAUGAAAUAUAAAAUGAAAUGUGUUAAGACUUGUUGUAAAUCAUUGUAAACAAAUAGCAAAUGUAACCAAU